AUGCCAUCUGGACAUGAGAGCCUUGGGGUGCACGCUCGCGGGAACUUCGGAGCGCCGACGGGGGACAGCGCGCAGAGUUCGCUCGAGCAUCCCAUCAUGUCUAGCCCGCGUGCCACUCGAUCCAGCGCCAGGAAACAGGAAGACACGGACAAUGGGCCCACAACCAGGGCCGCAAAGUCUAGAGAUCGGAAGACAGUCAAGGCAAGCAAGCUGGGCGCGGCGAGUAAGAAAUCAACCUUGGCAACAAGCAAGAAAUCCACGACAACAAGCAAGAAGUCCACAGGGGCAGGCGAAGGCGACAGUGGCGAAGAGUGGUCACCCACGCAGCAGAAGCAGCUGGAUGAGCUGCUGAAACGCAAGGCUGCGUUGCAGAGGGAGCAGGACGAUGAGUGGCGGGAAGACACGCGCAAGCGUGCGGCCGCUUUGGCCAUCGAAGAGCAAGCUUCAGACGAGGAGGAAGAUCUGCAGCCCUCACGCAAGAAGGCGAAGAUGGUGCCGGAACCAGCUUCCGGGUCAGACGACGAUCGCAAUGGUGAAAGCAGAAGCAAAGGCGAGGGAGCCGGUCAGGGCGACCAGCAGGAGCAGGAGCACGAUGGUGACAUCGCAAUGGAGCAGGUUGCGCCUGCUCCGUCUCGUCCUAAACCAAGGCCAGCCUACAAGGGUGUGAGGACGCUAACCGAGGGAGAGCAGGCCAUCACACAGAAACUCGACAUAGUGCAGACGGCCAACAGAAAUAGAAAGAAGUCGGAGAUGACGGACAGCGAGCACAGUGACAAUGGAGGUGAUGAGAGAGUGUCGCAGAAGAAAGCAGCUCCAGGGAAGAACACAAGCUCAGUCACUGUGACUCAGACCAACAAGACAGCUUCCUCGAAGGGCAAGGCGCGAGCUGCAAGACAGGAUUCGUCUGACGAUGGUGACCAAUUGGAUGCCACACAGUCAAACAGCUCGGAGGCUGAGAACGAUGACGGAGAAAGGUUGAGUGAGGACGAGGACGAUGUCAUAGAGAUGCCGCAGACGAACACGAAGAAGGCGCAUACCUCGCAGCGGACCAAUUCAAAUCUGCGUGUCCGCAUGAAAGCCAGCGACCUGCCCGUCGACAUGAAGCCGCUGGUCAACAUGGCGCAAUACUGCCUGCGCAAUAUACUGGGUCUCAGGACCACGUGGACGUCGGACACGACGAUCACGAGCUCCCACCUCGUGUCAAACGACGUGCUUGUCACUGAUGCCCUCAAGGAUGCGCGCGACUCCGUCGACAAGGAUGGCAAGAAGAUGGUGACGGUGCGUGCCGCGUAUAGGAAGUUGAGGAAUGGGCGGGAAGAGGAGGGUAACACCCAGCGCAAGAAUGUCAGGGAUGUGCUUCGCAACAAGAUGAAGAGAAAGGCGAAGGUUAUUGUCGAGCAUGCAUACGGCUUGAACGUCAUGCAGGGUCACAAGCGGACUCAACUUGUGAACUGGCUGCUGACGACGCACAUCAUGAAGGUGAGGGGUGGCAAGCGAAGCAUCCCUAACUUUGUGUUUGGGGAGAUGCAGGUCAUUUGGGACAACAAGAAUACCAUCAGCAAGAAAUCACACGUCAAGGCCGAGGUACCAUUCCGACACCCUGCAAUCGCCAAGAUCAUCGCGCAGCAGUGGUUCGUGGGCCAUGCCAAGUCGACCACCCCGACGGAGGAGUUCAGUGAGGUCCCGGACAACCUAAUCGCAUUGGUGUGCAACUCCAUUGAGCUUGGCUUGAGGGAAGUCGCUGCGAACACAGCGGUGUCAUUCUCAAACAAGCUGUUUGCACCCAAAUGGGAUGACCUCAUGUCGAUCCUCGAGGCAAUGGAACAGAACGUGCCGGACUAUUACACGGCGACCAAGAGGCUGCUGUGGGAGGGCAUCAAGGGAAGAGCAGAGAGCGGUGUCGGUAUCGACACGGUGGACAGCGAGGACAACAACAAUAUGUUCAUCAACUGGUUGAAGCUGCAGACUGUUGCACUUGAAGAUGACCGCGCGGAUCAAGACGAUGCUGAGGCGUCCGGUAGCGGUGCCAAGACGAAACCUGCAGUGCAACCGAAGCCUUCAUCUGGUGGCACAUUGAAGAAGACAGCCGGGUGCACUAAGCCGUCCUCUAUGUCAGCAGCUCCUGCAACGAGAAGCCGAAGACUGGUUCCUCAAAAGGCAAAGCUGUUGGCGCAGCUGCAGAGCCAGAAGCAGAUGCAGCUUCAGACGGCAAUGCCAUUGAGGAGCAGGCCGAGCAUGACAGAGGCACACCAGCAGCUGAAGAGCACGACCAGUUGGACAACACUGAGGGAGGAGAUGCCUGAUGGAACAGCAGCUAUCCCUAGCUAUUCGUUGCUGUACCAAACUCGAUGUGUCAAUAUGAUUUACCGCUCCCGAAUCAAAUCCUGA